AUGGCUUGGCUUGGAUCGGAUGGGAUCGGUCGAAGGUCUCCUCCGAAGCUGUACUCGUAUAAAUAUCAUCACUUCCAGCUGUUUCGACAUCAGACGCUCCACAGCCAAACAUCCAACAAGAUGAAAACCUUCUGCCUGACCCUUGCUUUGUGCGCCUGCUUGGCCGCCGCGGAUGUGUCCCAUCUGCAGCCCAGCAGCAGCUACCUUCCUCCUCCUCGACCGGAGCACGCUGUGUCCAUGAGCAUCGAACAGCAGGAGCUGCGAGAGCUGCCCGAGCAGGUGGAGUAUAUGCGUCCGAACGAACAGGGUCAGAUGGAGGCGAUGCCCAGCAGUCUGCUUACUCCUCCCGCUCCCGCGGAUCAGGAGGAAGCCAUGCCCUCCACUCGCUACCUGCCUCCUGCACCUGCACCUGCAGCAGUGCCUGUUCCAGUUCCUGCCCAGAUGGAUGCCGAGCCCAUGAUGAUGCCCCAGAUGGAGAUGAUGGCUCCCGAGGAGGCCGUCAUGGAGAAGCUCCAGCAGCAGCCACAGCCCGCCAGCCGUUACCUGCCCCCCGCACCAGUUUCCCAGGAGCAGCUCACCUACCAGCAAUACCAGGAGCAGAUGCAGCAGAUGCAGCAGAUGCAGCAACUCCAGCAGAUGCAGGAACAGCAGCAGCAGCAGGAACAAGAGCCUCAGCAAUUCCAGGAUCAGCCAGCCGAGGAGCAGCAGAUGCCCUACAUCCUGGAUGUCCAGCAGCCAAUGGCACCAUCCGAUGCGGAGACCCAGGAGCAACUGGAACCAGAGCCCGCCCACGAACUCCGUGCCGAUGGCUAUCACUACAAACAGGCAGAGGAACAGCGUCGUCUGCGGCAUUAAGUCACCCAGAAUUGAGUCACCGCCUGACGACAUCGAGUCACCGGACCAUGCGUCAUCCGAUCGUUGUUAAAUGUUUAGCUUAGUUCUUAGAGACCCGAUUAAAUGUCGAC